AAGGAUAAAUUAGUGCCGUGUGCAAUGUUUCGCCUAUGCUCCUGAUCGGUAUUACAUCCACUGCUUUUUUUCAUCACGAUUAUCUUUUAUUCGGAGAAAAACUGUUUUAAAUCAUAUUAACUCGUAACUCAUCUUGACUGUCAAAUACAUCUCUAAAACUUCCUCUCUUUUAUCACCUAUCCAGAAAACGACAUGUUGUACGUGAUUCUGAACGUGUUGCUCCUUGGAGCCUUGGCAAGUAGCGAGUACUCAGGGAUGUCUCUGAGGGAUCGAAUUGCCUUGAGGAACCUCCUCAUGAACAGCAACUACUACGACUUUCCUCUAGCCCCGUCACAACGCGACCUAGAGAACACAGCCAUCAACUCAAAGGUCGUCAUUCCACCUUUGACCUUCAUCCAAGGAGGCACCGGUGAGGGCGUCCAACAUCUCGGCGCUGAAGGAGACAUCCCCAACAGACAGAACCCGAUCCCUGAGGUAUCCAGUCAGUAUGACAAUCCUCCCAACCCUUGCCCUCCCGGUGGAGAUCUCGCAGGAAAGAAACCGGUGCAGUCUAAGGUUCAUGAUCUGAUCUGUGCUUGCGAGGAGGGGUGGGAUCUCAAAGAACGCCGAGAUUGUUCUGCAGCUCCAAAGUGCUGCAUGCCAAACAUGCCGAAUGAUUCGGAGUUUGUGAACCAAUAUCAGCUGACUGAACGGGCCAUUAAGAACCAACAACUCUUCUCUCAAACAAGGAAUAAGUAUUCUACGGGAGCUAAGCGCUCAGACCAUAUGGCUAAGAAGACUCCGGUGUACAAGAGGAGCAUCAAUUCUUAUCUUCCUGGCAAUAUGGUGCGACACGUGUCUAAGAAAUCUGCCUAUCCCAUUAGGACCUACGUUAACCCAUACACCUACAACCAGCCGCAUUUGAAUUCUGUGGUGGCAAAGAAGGCUCCCCUUUAUUCUGGCGCCAAGCUCAACAUGUGAAAAAAAAUCAAUCUUUCUCUCUCUCUCUCUCUCUUCGUCUCUCACUCUCUCUUCGUCUCACCCCUCUCCCCCCCCCCUCCACGCCCUCUUUCCGCUCACCCUAUUUCUCUAAAUCCAUUCCCUAUACUAACUAACCAAACAUUGUAGCCCGUUUAUUGUUAAUCAUGGUGUAUUUACUUGAUUCCAUAUUUCCGAAUGAAAAAAAAAGUGUUUCAUUGUUAAGUGGUUGCUUACUGACAUUGUUAAGUGGUUGCUUACUGACAUUGAACCAUUCCUUGAUAAAAACCAGUAUGGUAGUCGGAAAAGUCGAUCAACCACACACUAUUUAGUUGAUCUUGUUAACUUCCUUGUGUCCAAUGCAGACAAGCGUGAAAAGAUAACCUCCACAAUUGUAACUACGGACUUCUCGAAAGCAUUCGAUAGGGUAGAUCACACGAAUCUAAUCAGUAAAUUGAUAGCAAUGAACCCUAAGAAACAUAUUGUGCAGUGGAUAACCGACUUUCUCACUGGGCGCACCCAACGCACCCGAUACCGUGGUCACCUGUCUGAUGAGACAACACUGAAGGCGGGCGUGCCACAGGGCACAAAACUUGGCCCCAUAUUGUUUCUUGUGCUUUCAAAUGAUGCCUUCUCAGACAGCAGCCUAAGGUACUGGGAAAAUGUAGAUGACAUGACACUAGCAGAAUCGAGAAAGCGGGGUGCGGCCAGUGAAGUUCAGUCUACCUUGAAUUCACUAUCAAACUGGUGCACGAGUAAUAGUAUGAAACUCAAUCCAGGGAAAUGCUUUGUUAUGCUGGUAGACUUUGGAAAAUAUGAUCAUGUCCCAGUGCAAAUGUCUCUAGAUAACCAAACGUUGAUUGAGGUAUCUCUGAUGAAAAUCCUAGGUAUCCUCAUUCAGUCAGACUUGAAGUGGGAUGCCCAAGUGAACAAUAUGAUUCGCAAAGCCAAUAGACGAAUGUACAUCCUUAGAUCGUUGAUACCAUUCAAACUACCAAUCAAAGAUCUUGUCCUGAUCUACAAAGGAUACAUCCGCCCGCUACUAGAAUAUGGCGUACCCGUUUGGCAUCCUAGCCUAACAAAAUCACACACUUCUGCCAUUGAAAGAGUCCAAAAAAGAGUACUUAAAUUGAUCCUAGGAUAUUCUUAUCAAUCAUACGAAACGCACUCCAGCAAACCAACCUCGAGACCUUAGAGAUAAGACGCAAUGAAACCUGUCUCAAAUUUGGCGAAUCCCUCUUGAAGCCUGACACUUUCCGCCACUGGCUCCCUAAGAAAAGAGGGGAGACUAGAUGGAAUUUGCGGAAUAACAGUAGUAAUAUGCUGACACAAUUCAAAUGUCGCACUGAACGAUAUAGAUCAAGUCCAAUUCCUUUCCUUGUGUCAAUUCUGAAUGAAAAUAAAAUGAACUGAAUAGUAAUACAGAGGGGUCCGUUGACUAUAAAACACAAUGUCUGUAUUGUCCUCGAUUGAGCCACCUCCUCCUUUUGAAUCCUAAGAUUCUGCUAAAUUGUAUUUAUAUUUAUGUUAUUUGUUUGCAUUUUAUUAACUGAACAUGUUAAAUAUAAAAGUCAAUGUUUACAACUAUUUUACUUACUUUAGACCCCCUGGACAGUUAAUAAUAUAUACAUACAUCCAACAAUUCUCGAUCCUUUUAAUGUACUCACUAACUCACCCAUAAAUUUGACCUUCAUAAAAAAAACAAAAAAACAAUCCAUUUAAGCACGAGUUAACCCAUCCAAUGGACAUGUAUAUUGUAUUACCAGUUGUGAGAAUUAUGUUUUCUAUUCGCAAUUGUCUGCCUCCCUCGCUUUAUAGCUCUGACUACCCUUUUUUCUUUCUUAUUUGAUUCACCCGCUCUCUCACACUUUCUCAUACACUCCAUCUUGUUUCAUCCCCCCCCUCUCCUAUUAUUUUUCUCCCGACUCUCUUUCACGAUCAUUCGUUUGUUUUCCCCUCUCAAUUUAUUUCUCUUUUGUAAGUGCUUAUUGUACCUAUACUUCUUAAUAGUUAAUUGUAAUACAUAUUUGAAAUUUGUUACAGGCCACCUAUUGUGUAAACAUUGUUACUUCAAUUCAGAAUUUCUGCUAUUGUAAUAAUGUUUUGCAUUUCAAUCAUUUUAUCCAGUACUUUGUAAAUCAUUUUGAAUCUGUUUGCUCGAAAUAAAUACCAUUAUUAUUAUAAAGUUCAAUAUGGAUCAUAGUCAUACAGGCAGAUAAGCGUUGGAUUUGGUAAAAUAAAUUGAAUGAAUAAUUAUUGAUUCUUUCUUUAGUUGUCAAAAA